CAAGGCCAACCAGUGAGAGCCACAUAGAGGUUGAAGAACUAAACUUCUUCUGUGAGAGUUUGACUGGUUUUCAGUGGCCACUGUGUGGUGCUUUUCGAUGGCUUUACUUGUUGAACAGAAGCAGCUGUUUCUGCGUUUAGCUCUUUGCCUCAGCUUGCUCUCUUCCUGUCAAGCUAGUAGCAAGUAUGCCAAUCCAUACAGGUACCCAUUUAUCAAACCAGCAAGCUCAUUCUCUUCGUCAUCAUCGUCAUCGUUCUCAUCAAGAAACGUCGAGAAUGGCUAUGACUACAUAAUUGUUGGGGGAGGCACAGCAGGGUGCCCAUUGGCAGCCACACUUUCUCAGAACUUCACAGUGUUACUGCUGGAGAGAGGUGGUGUGCCUUUCAGCAAUGUGAAUGUCUCAUUUUUGAGCAACUUUCACUUGACUUUAGCUGACACUUCACCAACUUCUGCCUCACAAUUUUUCAUUUCCACCGAUGGUGUCCUCAAUGCAAGGGCUAGAGUCUUGGGCGGUGGCUCCAGCAUCAAUGCUGGCUUCUACACCAGAGCAAAUGCGGGGUUUAUUAAGAGAGUAGGAUGGGAUGAAAAGCUAGUAAAUGAGUCGUAUCCAUGGGUGGAGAAACAAAUUGUUCACCAGCCUAAGCUUGCACCAUUGCAGAAAGCACUAAGGGACAGUCUUUUGGAUGUAGGGGUGUCACCUUUUAAUGGAUUUACCUAUGAUCAUAUAUCUGGAACCAAGAUUGGUGGCACCAUUUUUGAUAGGUUCGGUCGCCGUCACACCUCUGCUGAGAUACUUGCUUCUGCAGACCCCAAAAAGAUUACUGUCUUGAUCUAUGCCACAGUCCAAAAAAUUAUUUUCGAUACAUCAGGAAAGCGGCCAAAGGCAGUGGGAGUUCUAUUCAAGGACGAAAAUGGUAACCAACACGAGGCAUACAUUUCAGAUAACCCAAAAAGUGAGGUGAUUUUAUCAGCUGGAGCACUUGGGACACCUCAAAUGCUGCUGCUAAGUGGUGUUGGACCUAAAGCCGAACUUGAGAAGUUCAAAAUUCCUGUAGUACUUGACAAUGAGUUUGUUGGCAAAGGCAUGGCUGACAACCCCAUGAACUCUAUCUUUGUUCCUUCUCACAGACCAGUUGUGCAGUCACUUAUUCAAACUGUGGGGAUCACAAAGUUUGGUGUGUACAUUGAAGCCAGCAGUGGAUACGGACAGUCCAGAGAUAGCAUUCAUUGUCACCAUGGAAUCAUGUCAGCAGAGAUUGGGCAGCUCUCUACGAUUCCUCCAAAGCAAAGAACACCAGAAGCCAUUCAAGCUUACAUCAGAAGGAAGAGAGAAUUACCCCAUGAGGCAUUCAAGGGAGGCUUCGUUUUAGAAAAAAUUGCCAAGCCCAUGUCAACAGGCGAGCUUACUUUGGUCAACACAAAUGUUGAUGAUAAUCCAUCUGUUACUUUUAACUACUUCAGCCAUCCACAAGAUCUGAAACGUUGCAUUCAGGGCAUUCGUAUGGCUGCAAAGCUUGUACAAUCACAACAUUUCUUAAACUACACGAAAUGUAAUAAGCAAACUGUUGAGUCUAUACUCAACGCAAGUGUCAAGGCUAAUGUUAAUCUUGUACCUAAGCAUACCAAUGACACCAAGUCCCUGGGGCAGUUCUGCAGGGACACUGUGAUCACAAUUUGGCACUACCAUGGGGGGUGCCAUGUGGGCAAGGUGGUCAGCCCUGACCACAAGGUUCUUGGAAUUGACAGCCUUCGAGUAGUCGAUGUUUCAACAUUUAAUGAAUCUCCAGGCACCAAUCCCCAAGCCACUGUCCUGAUGAUGGGAAGGUACAUGGGAGUGAAGAUUUUGAGAGACAGACUAGGAGAAACAGCUGGUGUGUAGUGACUAAGACCAACUGAGAGGAAAAGAAAGCAAUGUUAGCAGUAUGAGAGACAAUGCAUUUUUUUAAUCAUUUCUAGCUGGCUGUAAUAUGUAGAAAUUGGUCUGAAAUGGGAAACAUGUGCUUUGCCUCUUUAUAUUAUUAUAUCAAUCAAGUACUUUUGUUAUAUGCA